AAAAAGGAAUGGCAUAAUCCUGGAGGUAGCCUGAAAGACCUGGCAGCAAGAGCAUGGCAUGUUUUUUGAGAGCAUUUUUCUAUUUUUAUGAUGUGUAGGCAGCAGAACAUCACUUGCCUGCUUACCUUCAGAUGGAAUUCCUUGGUAGGAAUGAGCACCCCAUCAGCCCUGUGACCGUGCAUGAUGUGACUGGGUGUAACUAGGUGGUGACAUAUGUUCUUAUCUAAACAAGCACCUGUGGCUGGUGCCUUGCCAACAAAGUAGUACCAGUCAUUGUACUUUGCCCUAUGGACUUCCACUUUCUUUCCUUCUGAAUAAGACUGGAAAGAAAAAUUUCCCUCACUUUAGGAGGUUUUGUCCAGCCAAUGCCCAUCACCUUUGCUGUGUGCAGUGUCAGCUGGCCAGGGCUGCCACAGGGGCUUGGGAGAGGCUGGCACUGGUGGUCUGCAGCAAGGUCCCCCUGCAUUCUUGUGCUGUCUUGGUGCCAGAAGAAGCCAAGAUAGAGAAAUAGCAUCUGGACCCAGCCCAAAGAAUUGUGCAGCAACUCUUAAAAUCUGUAGCUCAGCAUAGAUUGGGAAACAAUAUUUAAAUACCAUCCUUGUGCCCUCAUGAUUUUUUCAAUUUCUUGAAGUUGAAUAAUCAUCUUAUAUGAAGACAACCUUUGGUGGAUCAUUUGCAGUCUCUUCUUGCUACUGCUUUGAAGUUUCAUCUUCCUUGUCAAGAUCUGGAAGUGCAGCUCAGGAUGUUUGUGCCCGCAAAUCAGUAGUAGGAGGGUUGAAAUCUCUCCUUCCCCAUGUGCUAAGAAGAAUAAUUCAGUGCAACAGACUCAGUAGUAGUAAUACUUUUGGAAUGGCAGAAGGCUAUAAACGGGCCAAUGUUGUGAUUUUGCACAAGUCCCUGGCUGAUGACUUUGAGAAGUUCUGCCAUGCAAACGAUGGACCCCUGCCACUGCUGUACAGAAGCCAACCAGGUGACUGGAAAUGUCCUUCCCUGAGUGGUGAUUCUGAUAUCAGAACUGACUGCCUACAGUACAGAAAAUAUGAGCAUGGAGCUUGUACUGGAUCACUGAAAAGCCUUAAGGAGUAUUCUGAGCAACUCAAGGACAUGGUGACUUUUUAUUUAGGCUGCAGCUUCUCUGUUGAAAAAGCACUCCAAAAAGCUGACAUUCCUAUCAGAAACGUUGAGCAAAAAUGUAAUGUAAGCAUGUACAAAACAUCUGUGCCUUGCUACAGCAUUUCUAUGUUUCACUGCAACUUGGUAGUCACAAUGAGACCUAUUCCUGAAAGCAAGUUGGGAGCAGCUGUUCUAGCAACGUCUGAAUUAAAAGAAGCCCAUGGAGCACCAAUUCACAUCGGUGACCCUGGUCUGCUGGGAAUACAAGAUCUUUCUAAGCCAGACUAUGGAGAUUCCGUUCACCUUCACCCUGGUGACAUUCCAGUGUUUUGGGCCUCAGGAGUAACAGGAGUAGAAGCAAUUAUCAACUGCCGAGCUCCGUUAGCUUUUACUCAUUCUCCUGACUGCACAUUCAUUACCAACCUAGAGAAAAGUAAUGUCAGAUCCUCAGCAGGAGUCCCACAGGUCCACUGCAUCUCUCAAGAUCCACUGCAUUUCAGCAUUGUGUCAGCAGAAGCAGCCCAAAAGAUAAAGACUCUAGAGACCCUAAUUGGAAUAGAUCCAGGCCAGCGGGGUAUUGGGCACCUGCGGCGCCAGGGUGAGCUGCUGGGGGCCUGCCUGGCCCUGUCGCACGCGGGCUCCGUGCUCAUCACCACGGGAUUUCCCACCCACUGGAGCCACCAGCCGCCCGAGGAGAACGACGGCCCCCCGGGAGCCCUCGCCAUCGCAGCCAUGCUGCAGGCCCUGGGGAAACGGGUUGCCAUGGUUACAGACCAGCGAGCCAUGGAGCUGAAUAACAAGAUUAUUGAAGAAGCUGUUCAACUGGGAAUCCUGAAGAACCCCAUCCCUCUAUUGAGUUAUCAAAGGGAAAGUGCCAAUUCAGCUUUAAUGUUUUUGUGUGAGAAUGGGAAUCCUGGAAGACCUAGAUUUGAUCACCUGGUAGCAAUAGAGCGUGCUGGGAUGGCUGCUGAUGGCAAUUACUACAAUGCCAGGAAAGUGAACAUUAAACAUCUCGUGGAUCCCAUAGAUGAACUAUUUUUAGCUGCACAGACCAUUCCAGGAAUCACAACAACAGGUAUUGGAGAUGGAGGAAAUGAACUAGGAAUGGGCAAAGUAAAAGAUGCUGUAAAGAAGCACAUAAAAAAUGGAGAUGUUAUAGCUUGUGAUGUUGAAGCUGAUUUUACUGUUGUAGCUGGGGUCUCUAACUGGGGCGGCUACGCCAUGGCCUGCGCCCUGCACGUGCUGCGCUGCUGUGACACCCACGGGCGCUACCUGCGCAGAGCCCUCGGCCUCCCACGCGCGCCCGGCCACAGCCGCUGGCUGCCCUCCGUCCCCAAGGAAGAAAAGCUUCUGAAAACACUUGUGCAGCUCGGGGUCCGCAGUGGCAAAACUGCCAGUCUGGAGAUGGAAGUGGAUGGGCUGCCCUUCUACAGCACCCAUUCACUCAUGAUUGAGCAGCUGCUGCAGGAAGCACAGCAGUGACUGCCCCUAAUGAUUUCUACAUGAAGAGUUGCUCCCAUGUCAUUCCCUUAUUUUUGAGGCUCUCUCAAGGUGUAAAAAAUCAUGAAAAGAUGACUUUUUAUCUCUGGACCACACACAGCCUUUCAUUGUUAUCUUUACAACAUCUCUGUGAAACAAGAAGAGGAUAUCAUCCACUUGGUUUACCUUUCUUACCUUUCUUUUUUGUAAUUUUAUAAUGGAAAAUUGAAUUUUGUAAUUUUAUAAUUUUAUAAUGGAAAAUGAAUAUUAAAUGAUAUUAUAUAAUAAGGGGUGAUCUGGCUUUUACAAUGAAAACAUGAAAUUACAAUGAGAUAUGAUUGCACUGCUGUUCUUGUUUUACUAACCUCAUAACUGCAACAGGAAGUAACUCUCAUAGCAACUUGGAUUUAAAAAUACUUGUGGUGAGGAAAACAGCUACAGUAGAGAGGAAGAUUCAAAACAAAACUGCAGCGUUACAGUAGUGAGAGCUGCAUUGCACACUUCCUGUAGCCCCCUCUAACACGGUGUUCUUAUGGUGGGGGAUAGUUCGUGAAGUGUGAGGAGAGAAGGAGAAAAUUUUAACUGAGCUAAUGAAAAUAAGGGCAGCAUUGCAGAUCUUCUGUGUAAAGGGUUGGCUGUGCCAUUACCCCCUUUCAUAUUAGUAAUUUGCCACUUAUAUAUUUUGCCACUUUAUGCAUAAUAAAGUUGUAGACAUUUCAGAGUA